ACCUCAACCAUUGAUCUCGUUAGUCGUUCAACAAUUUGAAAAAUUUUCUCUAAUUUAUUAUAUGAAGUGAAGUAAAAGAGAGCAAAUUCCAAAAUGUGUCUAGCUUAUAAGAAAGCAGCGGUUUCUUUAUAUGAAGAUUCAAUUUCAAAUAUAUCCUUUAGUGUUAUCACACCAAAAGAAAUUAAGAAAUUAGCCAUAAAACAAAUCAUUACUCCCUUAACAUUCGAUCCUUUAGGACACCCUAUUUCAGGGGGCCUUUAUGAUAAGGCUUUGGGUCCUAUGGGUGAUAGAAGUGAUCCUUGUGGUACAUGUCACAAAUUAUUUUCUGAAUGUCCUGGUCAUAUGGGUUAUAUAGAGUUGCCACUGCCUGUGGUCAAUCCCAUAUUUCACAAAUUGGUUGGAACCAUUUUGAGAAUGAGUUGUUUACGUUGCUUCACUAUACAGUUACCAGCUCUCAUUAAGUCUUCCUUAUCAAUACAAAUUGGAUUAUUAGAUGGAGGAAUGAUUGUAGAAGCAUUAGAACUUGAGAGUAUAAUAUUGGGCCUUGCACAAAAAUAUGAAUCUCAUGAAGGUAUACCAGAAGGGGCAACAAAAUCGAUUGAAAAAUUCAAUAAAUUAUGUCAAACAAUCAAAGGUAAACCAAAUAACAAGAUGAAUGUCACCAAAAAUACAGAACACUUAAGACAACAAUUCAUGAAUAAUAUGAAUAAUAAGUUUUUAAAGCCUGGAAAAAAUUGUAUAUCAUGCAAACAAACACGUGAUCAAAUUAAAUUACUGAGAAAUAGAAUAACUUUGGUUUCUAAAAGUAAAAAAAUAUCAAAAGGAGGAUUGAGAGAAAACAUUAAUAAAUAUGUGAAUCCCCAUGAAUCCAGAAACUACUUGAGAGAAAUAUGGCAAAAGGAAUCUGAGUUUCUUAUGACCAUGGCACCAUUGCUUGUGAAUGUUAAAAAUGAGGAAUACCCAACAGAUAUUUUCUAUUAUAAAAUAAUACCUGUGACACCUCCAUUAACUCGCCCUGUGAAUUUUGUGAAAGGUAAAAUCAGUGAACAUCCAAAAACUAAUGCCUAUAGAGCCGUCAUGCAAAAUAGCAUUAUUUUAAAUACAAUAAUACAAGUCAUGAAACAAGAUAGUGAAAAUCUGCAGGAAUUAUCGGUGGAAGCAAAGGAUGUUUACAUGUCAACAAAAGGUGAUACUGCUGUUGAAAAACUAAACAAUGUAUGGGAACAGCUACAAUUGAAUGUUGAUGGUAUUUUAGAUAAAGAUACAAGUAAACAAAAUGACUACCUUGGUUUAAAACAGAUUAUUGAGAAGAAACAAGGCAUCUUAAGAAUGAAUAUGAUGGGAAAAAGGGUGAACUUUUCAGCAAGGUCUGUGAUAACUCCAGAUCCCAAUUUGAAAAUUGAUGAAAUAGGUAUUCCAGACACUUUUGCGAAGCAUUUAACAUAUCCCACACCUGUUACUUCACAUAAUAUUGAAUCAUUGAGAAAGAUGGUCAUAAAUGGGCCUAAUGUACAUCCAGGAGCUACCAUGGUGGAAUUUCAAGGUGGAAGAUUGGUCCGACUAGAUCCAAAAAAUCGUAUUCAGCGAGAAAGUGUGGCAAAACGGCUACUAAAUGAAGAUGAAAAGAAGAAUAACUUCAGUACAGACAAGAAAAUUGUGCACAGACAUCUAUAUAAUGGUGAUAUCCUUCUGUUGAAUAGGCAACCCUCUCUUCACAAACCUAGUUUGAUGGCACACAAAGCCAGAAUUCUUAGUGGAGAAAAAACUCUUAGGUUGCAUUACGCUAACUGCAAAGCUUAUAAUGCAGAUUUUGAUGGUGAUGAGAUGAAUGCUCAUUUUCCACAGGAUGAACUGUCAAGAAGUGAGGCAUAUACAUUAUCAAAUGUGAGCAACCAAUAUCUUGUACCUAAAGAUGGUACCCCAUUGAGUGGACUCAUUCAAGACCAUAUAAUAUCAGGAGUAAAACUUUCUAUCCGUGGAAAGUUCUUUUGCAAGAGCGAUUAUCAUCAUCUUGUUUUUCAAGGCCUUUAUCACAUGACUCGAAAAAUAAAACUACUUCCUCCAACAAUAAUAAAACCAAAGGAAUUAUGGUCCGGUAAGCAGGUGCUUUCAACUGUGAUCAUGAAUAUCAUCCCAGAUGGAAAAGAAAUGAUGAAUUUGAAUUCUAGAUCUAAAAUAAAACCUAAGGACUGGCAAAAUGCACCUUCUCGUUCUUGGAAUGGAGGAGGUAGUGAAUUUCUAAAUGAAUGGGAAAUGUCAGAAUCUGAAGUCAUUAUGAGGAACGGAGAGCUCUUGGCCGGUGUUUUAGACAAAGCACAUUAUGGUGCUACUCCUUUUGGGCUGGUACAUUGCAUUAAUGAGCUUUAUGGAGGUACUUGUGCAACUGAAAUGUUAAGCUCUUUAACCAGAGUGUUUACCUCAUUCUUGCAAAUGGAAGGUUUUACUCUUGGAGUACGGGAUAUUCUUACUGUAGCUAAAGCAGAUAGAAAACGCAGAAAAAUUAUCAAAGCAUUAAGGGAAUUGGGACCUGAAGUGAUGAGAAAAACUCUGAACUUGCCAAGUGAUACAUCAAUUGAUGAAAUUGUGAAAAGUUUUUAUAUGGAGUUAAAUACAAACCCAAAUUGCACAGCUUUGGUUGAUAGGGCAUUCAAGUCAAGCUUAUCAGGUUUUACAAACGAUAUGAACAGUGCUUCAAUGUCAGGCCUCUUGACAAAUUUUCCUGAAAACAAUUUACAACUGAUGGUUAUAUCCGGAGCAAAAGGUACAUCCGUGAACACUAUGCAAAUAUCCUGUUGUCUGGGUCAAAUUGAAUUAGAGGGAAAAAGACCUCCAAGGAUGAUAUCUGGAAAAUUUUUACCUAGCUUUCCAGUUUUUGAAUUUUCACCCAGAGCUGGUGGUUUCAUUGAGGGGAGAUUUAUGACAGGAAUUCUGCCUCAAGAAUUUUUCUUCCAUUGCAUGGCUGGUAGGGAGGGUCUGGUUGAUACUGCAGUCAAAACUAGUAGAAGUGGAUACCUUCAAAGGUGCUUAGUGAAAAGUUUGGAGGGUGUGCAUGUAAAAGCAGACUUAACAGUUAGAGAUAGUGACAAAACGGUUAUACAGUACCUGUACGGGCAUGACGGAUUUGAUGUUGGAAAAGCACAAUUUUUAUCUGAAAAGCAUUUAAAUUUCUUGCACGAUAAUAUGAACGCCAUUCUGGACAAAGAAGUGAUAAAGACAUUGUCGAAAUCUGAAGAAAGCCGUCGAGUUAAGGAAUAUGCCAAAGAGCUAAAUGACUGGAUGAAGAAAAAUGGAAGUGAUUUAUCUAAAAAAAAGAAGUACCCAUUUACUUUAUUCACCAAAUUUUUCAAAGAAAACACAGAUAGAGAAGUAACUAAGGAGCAGCUAAUUCAAUUAUGGAACGAAGCAGGAGAGGAAGUUAGAGAAAGCUUCAAAAGUCAAUGUACACCGUGUCCAGAUACUCUGAAUUCUUGCUUUUUGCCACAUAGUAAUUUUGGAUCAAUCAAUCAGAGAUUAGAAGAAUUAAUUAAAAAUUACGACGGAUGUAAAGGAAAAAAAGAUAAAAAAGUUUUCCAAAAUAUGAUGAAGCAGAAAGCGAUGACUUCUUUGUGUGAAAGUGGAGAAGCAGUUGGACUAUUGGCUGCACAGUCUAUAGGAGAGCCUUCUACACAGAUGACACUGAACACAUUCCAUUUUGCUGGUAGAGGAGAGAUGAAUGUUACAUUAGGUAUACCACGCCUUAGAGAAAUCCUAAUGAUGGCUAGUAAGAAUAUAAAGACGCCAUCUAUGGUUAUACCUUUCUUACCGAUAAAAAACCUGGAGCGUGAAUCGGAAGCACUGAGGAAAAAAUUCAACAGAGUUACUGUUUCUAACGUCUUGAAAACCGCCAAAGUAAAAGUGGAUAUCUCUGCCAAAACCUUGUCAUGCAGAUAUACAUUGAAGCUUAUAUUCCUCCCACAUCAUGUAUACGCUGAUAAAUACUGUGUCAACCCAAAAUACAUUAUUAAGCACAUCAGAAAGAGAUUUUUCAGUUUGAUGUUUCUGGCUAUCGGAAAACAGAACAAAUGUGCCAGCUUAAUCGUGAUUGAUGAUGGCAAAGUAGCAGAUAAAAAUAAAAGAAAAGGUGAGGAUGAUGAUGAGGUAGAUAAUGUGCCUGAUGAUGUGCCUAGGAUGGAUGUGGAUAGUUCAGAUGAAGAGCCAGAGGAUACAGACGAUGCUAAAUCGAGUAGAAAAUAUCAAGAUGUGCAUGAUGACCAAGAAAAUGAAGAUGUUGAGAUGGAAGAAUCCAACAGUGAUAAUGAAGAGGGGGAGGAUGAUACUAAUGAUGUUAAAAAAGUUAACGACGAUAUAGACAAUGAAUUAUUGGACAAAUUUAAAAUGAUCGAGGGCUUGACAUACGAUCAAGAAAAUCACCUUUGGUGUCAAAUGAUCUUUUCGCUUCCAAUCAACAAAAGAAACUUUGAUUUGGCUUCGGUACUGAAGGAAGCAGCAACUAAAUCUGUAAUAUGGGAAGUUCCAAAUAUAAACAAGUCUAUCACUUAUAUGAAAGAUGGAAUUUUGACCUUGAGAACAGAUGGAAUAAAUGUUUCGGAAAUGUUAAAAUACAAUAAAAUUUUGGAUUUGAAUAGAUUAUAUUGCAAUGAUAUUCAUAAAAUAAUCCAACACUUUGGAAUAGAAGCUGGCAGUGCAGCUAUAAAGAAAGAAAUAGAGGAUGUAUUUGAAGUUUACGGUAUCGUUCUUGAUCCAAGGCAUCUGUCAUUGAUAUCAGACUUUAUGACCGCCAAGGGAAUGUUUGAACCAAUGAAUCGCGCAGGAAUGGAGAGUAGUGCCUCCCCUUUUCAACAACAGUCCUUUGAGUCGUCACUCAAAUUCUUAAAAGAUGCUGUUAUUGGAGGAAAAUGUGAUACUUUGAAAAAUCCCUCAAGUUCAUUGGCUGCAGGAACAUUAUGUGAAAUAGGUACAGGGGGGUGCACUGUAUUAAUCCCAACUAUCUUAUGAAGUUUUUUGUUGUAACAUUAUUAUCUUGUAUAGAAAUAUUUGUUUAUAAAUAUUAAUUUAAAGAAUA